AUUAACGAGUAAUAAGCCUAAUAAACUUAAACCCGAUAAUUAAUAAUCUUAAACCAGAAUUUUAAGACAUUAAAGGAAUCGGUAUAUAGGUUAAGAAACAUAUUAUAAUUAAUAUGGGUCAAUUGUUAUCACAUCCUAUUGAGGAUAAAGAGAUCAUAUAUCAAUCACAUGAGACUGUAUCGUAUUGUAUUGGAUCAAUGCAAGGUUAUAGAACUACUAUGGAAGAUGCAUAUGAUGUAAAAGUUAAUGAAGAUGAAACUUUAGCAGUAUUUGGAGUAUUUGAUGGUCAUGGAGGCAAAUCUUGUGCUGAAUAUUUAAAAGUUCAUCUUGUUGAUAUAAUUUUUAAACAAUUAAAUAUAAUUGGUAAACAAGGUACAACAAAAUUAAGUGAUUAUAUACGAAUAACUAAAAAUGCAUUUUUUAAAGUAGAUAGUCAAUUAUCGUCCAAUAAAGAAUUUAAUAAUUGUGGAUCAACUGGUAUAAUAUCGGCUCUUAUAAAUAAUCAAUAUUUAGUAGUGGCAAAUACUGGUGAUUCAAGAUGUAUUUUAUCACUUGGUGGUCAACCUAAAACUUUAUCAUUUGAUCAUAAACCAGUAAUAAUGAAUGAAAGAGUUAGAAUUGAAAAUAGUAAUGGUUAUAUUAAGAACAAUAGAAUUAAUGAAAUAUUAGCAUUAUCAAGAGCAUUUGGAGAUUUUAAAUUUAAACUUCCCUAUAUUGAUAGUCCUAGAAAUGAAUACAUAAAUAAAAAUAAGCAAUAUUUUAAGAAUGACUUAAUUCAUUUACCACCAGAAUUAUUUCAAGUUACAGUUGAACCAGAAGUAAUUUUAUUUGAUAUUGAAAAUGCUUCAAAGAAUCCUAAAACUAAACCAGAAUUUAUGGUAAUAGCGUGUGAUGGGAUUUGGGAUUGUUACAAAAAUAAAGAUUUAAUAAAUACAAUAAGGCAUAAAUUAUCUGUUGGAUGGAAAUUAAAUAAAAUUAUUGAAUUCAUAUUGCAUGAUUGUUUAAUGAUGGCAAGUAAUUAUACUGGGAUUGGAUUUGAUAAUAUGACUAUAAUUAUUAUUGCAUUACAUAAGGGUACAGAUAUGGAUCAAUGGUAUGAAUCCAUGAAACAUAAGGUGCUUACGGAGAAGGGAUUAGCCUGAUUAAUAUAAUAUAAUAUAAUAUAAU